UGACGCAUGCGUUCUGAGCUCCUCAUUUCCGCCUGCGCAUGCGUAUCUGGCUGGUGUCGAUUUUUGCGCCAAGUUUUGCGGUGAAUUUUCCUGUGUUUUCGGCUCUUCUUCGCUGCUUUUCUCCCUCAUUUUUCGAUAAUUUCGGCCAGAAACUUGGAUUCUGGUAGCCAUUACUCCUAGAAUCUCUUGGUGUGAGUUUAGUGUCGUUUCGACAAAUCUUUCUCGAGAAAUUGAGGCGAGAAGUCGGUAGGUGGUGGGGGGAGCUUCUGCAGUCGAGCCGGGGGUCGGUUUCUUCGAAAACUGACUUCUGAUGGGCCCCCAAAGCUGAGUUUGCGAGCCGAGCGAGCUGCGGACAGGAUUGUUCUCUUGUUUAUCUGGUCAACACUAUCAUGACGACCGUCACCUAUGAUCUGGAUACGUCAGGAGGGCUCAUGGAGAAAAUCCAGGCCCUCAUCGCUCCGCCACAGAGCGAGGAGCCGCCGAAGCGGUCCAGACGGGAGGCCCGAGAGCCGAGGAGGACGGGAAAAAGCUUUAACCACGACUGCUGCGACUCCUGUAAGGAGGGAGGGGACCUUCUCUGCUGCGACCGCUGUCCCGCCGCCUUUCACCUGCAGUGUUGUGACCCUCCCCUGUGUGAAGAGGAUCUCCCCGAGGGAGAGUGGUUGUGCCACCGCUGCACGGUUCUGGAGCAGUUCCCGGAGCUGGAUGACCGGGAUGAAACCGCCUCCAACGCCAGUGUGGCCAGCAGCACAGCCAGUUACAAACAGGCGUCAAGUUCAGCCAGCAGCAGUGGCACCAAUGGAAGCAAACAGGCACCAAGUGCAGCGGGCAGCAGCAGCAGUACGGGUGGAAACAAACAGGCACUGGGCCCGGCAGCGAAACAGCCAGCCCCUUCGAGAAAGCCCUCUGGUGCGAGCGGGGUCAGAGGGCAGAGUUUCGAGCGCGGAGACCGAGCGUUGGAAAACGCGCCAGUGUCUGCAACGACAAGAAGUAAGGUCCUGGAGAAUGGCGAGCGAGGGGCGGGGGAUGCUGCGGUUGCCAUGGAGACCGGCCUGCCUGGUACGGGAGACGGAGACGAGCCGAAGAGCGGGCUGGAGACACCGUUCCAACUGCUCCUGCGGGCAGCGCGGCUUCAGAACCCCAAACAGUUCGCCCUGCCUAAUGAGUUCAUGUAUCACGCAGCGUUGCCUGGCACGAGUAAGACCCAGUGGACGUACCGCCAGCGCCACACCAGCAGACGGGAGACCAAGAAACCGUAUGAGAUCGACAACGGCAUGGUGCCCCUCCCCGCCAAACUGUGCUUCACCUGUAACAGGAGUUGCCGGGUGUCCCCACUGAUCCAGUGUGACUACUGCCCGCUGCUGUUCCACCAGGACUGCCUCGACCCCCCGCUGACCUCCAUGCCGGCCGGGCGCUGGAUGUGCCCCAACCACGCCGAGCACGCCAUCUUAAACCAGAAAAACCUGACUCUGACGGAGAGAUGCGAGAUCUUCAACAAGUUCAACGGGCGGAUAUCCCAGCAUGCCGUGAAGAUCGACUUCCUGUACAAGAUCCAUCGGAAAUAUCCGCCUUUCCGACGGGAGCGACCCGCCAAGCGGAAAACCAUCAACGUUCCCAACGCGAUAAAGCAGCAGUACGUGCUGCCGCCGCCCCUGAUGCCGCCCCCGCCCAAGCGGUUGUGCCAGGCGGCCCCGCCCAAAGAACCACGCCCGACCUCACCCAGCACCACUGCAGGCGAGCAGGAGGAUUGGCUGAAGAGUGUGAUCGCGAUGCAGGUGAAAGUGGCGCAGCAUCUCACACAGCAACAGCUGCGGGGUGAGACACCAGGCAUCAAAACCAGCGUCCCAACAUCCGCGCCCGUUACCGUAGAAACCACCCGCGUGCCCUCUCCGCCCGUCACCGCCGCAUCUGGCUCCGUCACCACAGCAACCACUGCCUCAGGAACUCUCGACCAAUCACAGCACACGAACUCUGUCGCCGUGGCGACCAGCGGUAGCUCCCCUGUUCCCAACGGGCCGGUCAAACAGGAGGCGGCCCUUCAGAGAGACUCGAGCCCCGGGCACCAAGCUGGCCCACACGGGCACCAGGCUGGUCCACAUGGGACAGCCAAACCUCAGGAAGUCGUGGCCAAUGGGCCCACGUGCCAGAGAACGGAGGGGAAGGCCAAUGGGCCGGUUCCGUCUGGCGGAAAGAGCACGUCGAUCAGCAGUUCCACGCCAGAAACAUUACUGGACCUCCUGAAGCCUGACCCAGAGCGGAGCCGCGACGCCGCGUGGACACCCAACCAUUCCGUCCCCAGGCCAAAGGUCGGAGGGGAACCCGAGGUCAAACCCGGGGAGUCGCGUGUCAUUGUCACUGUGCCGAACAGCAUGACGGCAAACCUACAGCAAAGAUUUGUGACGACGGUUGCCGGGAGACAGGGCGCAGUUGCCGGGAGACAGGGCACUGUUGUCACAACAAGGGUCAUGGCUCCUAAUGCACGGUCAGGUCAAGUGCCAAAGGUCAGCGUGGGGCAGGGUGUGUCAACUGUAGCUGUCAAUCAGAGCCCUGUGGGAGGGAGGUCGUCGCCCACGGUUACGGGGUCGGCUGCAGGGCUGAUGGGAAGUUUGGGGAGGAUGGUGAACAGCCAGACGGCAGGGUCAGCCAAACCUGUGAACAGUCCCAGUCCGAGCGUGGGUGUUGCCGGGGGCAACAAGACUACGCCCGUCACCAUGCUGAGCUCCUCCCCGACGAUACAGAACCUCAACAACCAGCUGCAGGCCAUGAUUGACGGGGUCGGAGAAGUUGAGCUGAGCAAGCUGGACCAGCAGCUGAUCAACAUCCUGGCCUUCCAGAGGCUACAGCAGCUCCUCCCACCAAAGACGUCCGCCUCCCAGCCUAGCAAUAAGAAGACGCUGUUUAAUGGAUUGAACGGGCCGCUGUUGUCUGGGAGUUCGCAACAGCUGCAGGCGCGAGCCGUCAUGUGUCCGCUCACGGGCAAGGGGCAACCGGUGCAGAUGUGCUACAGAACACUCCACAUAGGAACAGGAGGGGACAUGGACGUCUGUCUGAAUCACUAUGGCAACUGCAGCUUCGUCUCAGCAAAACACGCCUGCAUCUUCUACGAUGAGACGACGCAGCACUACGAACUGUUGAACUACAGUGAGCACGGGACGACCGUCGACAACGUGCUCUACUCCUGCGACUUCUCCGACAAGCAGGCGGCGGUUGCCCCCGGCAACACGAUCGUGAGCCAGGUGCGGAGCAUCAUCUGCAGGAGGCAGCAGGAGAAGGAGGAGGAGAAGGAGAGAAAACGCAUGUCUGCGAGCGGUUCGAACCAGUCAAAACCCUGUAACUGUAAAGCCAGCAGCUCCAGCCUCAUCGGCGGCAGUGGUGCAGGAUGGGAAGGCACGGCCCUGUUGCAUCAUGGGAGUUACAUCAAGGUCGGCUGUCUGCAGUUCGUGUUCAGCAUCGUCGAUCACGCGACGAGGUUCGCGCCGAGCGAACGCAAAACGGCGGGGAAAUCCACCCUUCUCAGGUCCACCUCCGUUCCAUAACGAUCAUAUUCCAAACUCCCUACAUCCUUUGCAACUACCCAUGAUUCUCUGCAGAUUGGGGUAAAGGUCAGAGGUCAAAAUGUAUGAAUGAUUCGGGGUGUACAGAUGAUGAUGAAAAACAAAGAAGAUAUUUUUGAAAGCUAUCUUUACUACUACGUUGUAUACAAUUGUUGUGAAUGUUCCAUCGUUUUUCUAUUAGAUAUUCCCUAGAUUAUUUUUGUGGAAGCAAAAAAAAUAGAACUCUGUUCCAAUCUACUCAUCCUAUGUUGUCAAGUUCAAAGAUAAAAGAUUUAUGGUUAAAGUUAUGUAAGUGUGGUGCUUCCUUCAGGACAGAAGACUAUGAUCUUGUGAAAUUGGAGCUCUUUUCAAAUGGACUAUAGUACAUGUAGGUAAGGAGCUAGAUAUGUUAGAAAGCGAGUUAGGUCGGACAAUGUUGUCAAGCUAACCUGGAAUGAGUAGAUACUACUCAGUGUGAGUCCUUGAAAAUAGAGCAUCUCAAUGUCAAACCAACCUUUUGUAUCUUCUCAAGGACUGACGGGUUUUGACAAGUGUCGAGAAUUGAAACGUGAAUUUCCGCAUGUUUUAGUGUUGGAGAGGAGACCACUUCUGUCAGAAAUGGCAUCGUUUGUAUCCUAUUUUUCAACGUAAGUUAUUUUUAAUGAAUUUGAGGGCUUGAUUGACGAAGAGCCUCUACAACCUGCAAAAUGAAUUUGAUAGUGUUUGUAAAGUUUUAGUGCGGAGUCGUGGUUGGAACCUUUUGUGGCGUUUUAUCUGAUCCUACGAAAUGGAAGAGGCUCAAAAGUUGAAAUGUUAAUUUGUUGAAUAAUCUACCAUUUGUGUAAAUAGUGUUUGAUAUGUGUACAGACCCGUAGUGUUGUGUAGGACUAGUCUACUGACAUGUAUGUAUAUCCAUAAAGAAAAAAUACUUUACCAGAAAAACCUAUGUGUGAAAAUAUCACAGUUCUUUACUUUACUGUCGGGUGUGUUGCAUUGUGGGAAGAUGGGGUUAGACCAUGUGAUCAGGUCACUGGUCUGUGAUUGGCUGAGAACAUGCUUGCAUCAUUGCUGUAAGAGGGUGUAGCUCCGCUGACAAAGUUUUUUUGCUUUGGGUUGCUUUCACAAAUAUUUAUCUGCGCAGAGUUGUCGUGUAGUUUCCUUGACACACGCAAAGCUAGACCAUCUCACACCAAUGUGCAAUGUUCAGUCAGAGCAGAACUCCAGUGUGAGACCCCAUGCUGUUUUGGUAUCCUCUGUAUGUUCCUGUAACAGAGUUGAACUGUUGGAGGAUAGAGUACUCAUAAUUCACCUAAUAAAUCAGCAAAGGACGAUGUUUAACGUUGGAGUCACUCCAAACUCAA